AUGGCUUUUAACCAUCUUAAAUACUCUAAAACUCACUCCCUGGUAGACUUUUCAAUUAAAACAUACAUCAAAUAUGAUACUCUUAAUUUGUAAAUCUUGUUAUCUCCAUUGGUGCAUAAAUAGAAGCUGUAUUAAAUUCUAUUUGUAUCCGAUGUCACUAAUGAACUUGAAAUUUCACAAAUCUUAGAUAACAAUAAGAAUAGUGAUGAUUAUUUAAUUAGUGAUAUCUCAUAGAGAAUACGAUAACCCUUAAAUAGCACAAUAUCUAUGUUAGAAAUAAUUAUGAAUACGAUUCCAGAGGAUACACGAGAAAAAUACAUAAAUCCAGCUUUGGCAGGUUGUAAAUUACUAAUUAAUACUGCUAAUGAUAUUUUGGAUUAUGUCCAAUUAUUGAAGAGAACCAAAUUAGAAUUAACAUUAAUUGACAUCUAAAUGCAUACAUUUAUAUCUGAUAUACUGAAUGUAGUGAAAUCUCAAGCUACCUUUAGGGGUCUAAAACUAAUUGUAACUAUUGAAUAAAAGGUUCCUCAAUUUAUCAGAACUGAUCCAAAUAGAUUAAGAUAAGUUUUAAUUGAUUUGUUGGUCACUGUCAUUUAAGCCACUAUCAAAGGAAAGAUAAUAUUACUAGUGAGGAAGUGCUCACUUAAUUCUGAUCAUGUUGAUAUUAUCAUAAAAGUUAAUGCACUUGAGACUAACUUUUAGAUAUUAAAAAUGAUCAAUAAAACAGUAAGGUUUUUUAAAUCUCAAUCUUUAUAAUCCAAAGUCAUAGAAUUAUCAAAAUUAAAACAAUAUUCAUAAUCCAUGCUCAUAGCAUUUUACUUAACCAAAUAUUUAUCAUCAAUUCCUUUUGAAUAUGAUUAUGAAAGAGUCGAAAAUUUAGAAAGUCUUCAAUUCAUUAUCAAGGUUUAAAAUCUAAAUACCCAGUUUAAUGAAUUGUUAUCCUAAAAAAGACUAUCUGUUAUAUAGAAUCAAAAAACCUUUCAUUAGCUCUUUGUCAAUAAAGAAGGACUCUAGAGAGGAUAGUCUGAUUUGCCAGUUUCAAAUGACUUAUUAGAAUGUAAAUAGAUAAAGAAGAAUGUGUAUAUUGGAAUUAAAGAGAAACUUAUAGAAUCUGAUUAAAAUGAGUCUGAUGUCUAGGAAUAUGAUGCAAUAUCAAUUGAAUCCAGAAUUGGAUUAUCAAUUAAAGUGGACUAAAUGGAACAAGCAGAACCCUACUUUUUUGAUUACAUAAAUGAGGAUAAAAAGAGACAAGAGCUUUUUAUAUCUCAACCUUCUCAAUAAUUAACAUUCGGAGGCUUUGCAUAGCCCAGAUCGUCAAUCUAUUCAUCGUUGGGCUAUUCUAGUGGAAGUAUGUAACCAAAUGAUCUAUUGGAUUGUUUUGAAAAAAUGGAAAAACUGAAAUAGUAAAAAUUCUAAUUCAACUGCCAAUGUCCUAAAAUUUUGAUAUAUGAAAGCAUAGAUCUAGAUCUUUAUGCUAUGUCACAUUAACUUGACAAUCUUGGAAUUCUUUAUGAAUACAUCACGUAAAGAUAGAUGAUUGUGAGUGCUCUAAAUAAAAAUGUAAGCAGAGUGUAACAUUGUUGUAAAGGCUUGGAAUUAUUAUUCAUAGGAGUAGAAUAAAAUGAGGAAGAUUUAGCUUCAAUAUUCGCUGAAAUCAAAGAGAUCUAUGUCAAAUUUAGAGUCGAACCUAAAAUUAUUGCUUUAAUGGGAGAUAUGCAUUAAGAAAAUAGAAAAGAAAUUAUGAAAUUGCCCUUCCACGAUUUCUUAUCUAAACCUAUAAUGAUCGAUGCAUUAUUAUUUAUUCUAACCAAAUGGAUCAAAAUUUAAUGA